CAUUUCCAGACAUACUAAAAAUUAAUUCACUCUCUUUCGACUUCUCCAAAAUCAACCAUGCACAAGCGAGCAAAACUCACCGCUUCUCCGACCAACGACUUCUCUCCUCCGCCACUUGCUCCGCCUCGCCUUACCCAAGAACAAGAACUCUCCAUCAUGGUCGCUGCCCUCAAAAAUGUCGUCUCCGGCGGAGCCACCAACACUGCUACAUUAACGGAUGUCUCUCAGGAGUUGUUUCGCCUUCAGUUCUCCACUACUGCUGCUACUUCAUCACAGUUCGCCACCAGUUCUUCCGCUACUACUGUUACGGAUGGGUUUUGCAGUCCAUUACUGCCGCCAUCGGAUCUUGACACGUGUAAUGUUUGUAAGAUCAAAGGAUGCUUAGGAUGCAACUUUUUCCCGCCAAAUCAAGAGGAAAAGAAAGGGAAACGAAAACGAGUGAAGAAAAAUUACAGAGGAGUAAGGCAGAGGCCGUGGGGCAAAUGGGCUGCGGAAAUCAGGGACCCACGGCGAGCGACGCGGGUUUGGCUAGGGACUUUCAACACGGCGGAGGAAGCUGCCAGAGCUUACGAUAAGGCGGCGAUAGAUUUCCGAGGGCCGAGAGCGAAGCUCAAUUUUCCAUUUCCUGAUAACAUUGGUAAUACUAGCAACUUGGAAGAUCAAAAAAGCACCGAUCAAGAGCAAGAGCAGAAAGAAAAUGGGAAAACGAAGGAAUUUGAAGCGGAAAGAGAAUUGGGAAAGGAAUUCUGGGAAAAGAUUGGUGAAGAUGAAAUUCAACAAUGGAUGACGAUGAUGGAUUUCGGUGGAAAUUCUUCAGAUUCUAGCGGUAUUGCUACUUCUACAUUGUAAAAUUCAAUUAUAUAUAUAUUAUUAUCAUUUGAGAAUUCUUUCA